GCAGGCCCCUCGGCCGCACCAUCGCCCCGUCGUCUUUAUUUGACGACGUGGAGCUCUUAUGCAGGCCUCUCGGCCGCACCAUCGCCCCGUCGUCUUUAUUUGACGACGUGGAGCUCUUAUGCAGGCCCCUCGGCCGCACCAUCGCCCCGUCGUCUUUAUUUGACAACGUGGAGCUCUUAUGCAGGCCCCUCGGCCGCACCAUCGCCCCGUCGUCUUUAUUUGACGACGUGGAGCUCUUAUGCAGGCCCCUCGGCCGCACCAUCGCCCCGUCGUCUUUAUUUGUCGACGUGGAGCUCUUAUGCAGGCCCCUCGGCCGCACCAUCGCCCCGUCAUCUUUAUUUGACGACGUGGAGCUCUUAUGCAGGCCCCUCGGCCGCACCAUCGUCUCGUCGUCUUUAUUUGACAACGUGGAGCUCUCGUACAGGCCUCUCGGCCCAUCGGCCUUACGUUCUGGUCAUCUUUAUUUGAUGAACCAGACAUCAUAUUGUGGACGGGCGCUCGACCCAUCCCUUAGUCAUCUUUAUUUGAUGACUAGGACUACUGAUCAUGAUGAGCUACCCACAUCUAGAGAUUGGCCUCGACCAUCCAGCAGACAGGCACCGCUGCAGCUCCAUCUCCAGGCCGAAAGGCUCGCACCUUUUGUUUCAUUUUGGGGGCAUCCGGUGUACUCUUUUU